GGAUAAGCACAGGUAUUGCUGAUGACACUAACAGUGGCUCAUCUCAAGUGUUUCAGUGAGUGAUAGUGAGCCAACAGGCACAACACCAGGAACCAGACAUCAAAGCGGUUAAAUGAAAUUCAACCAUCAUUAAUUAGUCAGGGGGCGCUAGCUGCUACCAGUUAGCUGCUAAUGGACGUGACAGUUUAUUCUGGACUUUCUCCUGACAACAUCUGAGGUCGCUACUUUGCCAGUUAGUUGACUCUCCUCAAGCUGCUUAAUUAAACACGUCAACCAUGAGCUACAGUGAAGGACAAUGCGCCCAGAGGUCCAGGCAGCCCACCCUGCCUCCUUACUCCAACAGGACCCUGCACCACCCCUCCUUCAUGCCUCAGUACAUGGCUGCAGCCUUUGCACACCAUCACACGGAUUUUACGAACCAAACAGUCCAUCCCAACAUCCCAGCAGAGUUCUUCUACACUGAUCCCACCAUGGUCUCUGGGAUCAGGAUCCCCAACAUAGUCAGUGAGCUGAGGGCUUUCGACUGUUUCCAGCUCAACACUCCUCCACCGGUUAUGUCCGCCUGCCUGGCUCCACCAACCCGUCCUGACCCAUUCAGAUCUGCACCACACCCCACUAGGGAUCUGGGCAGCCUCACCUUGAAAAUAAACACCCUCCACCCUCAAGUGCAGCCAAACCAAGUGAUCGUCCAGCUCACCCAGGAGGAGGACCAGGCCGUCACUAACCUACUGACACUGCACCACCAACAGCCGAUACAGAGUGAGGACACCCUUACUGGUCCGCAAAUGGACUUUUCCAUCUCGUUCCUUCACCCUGAACUUAUGGACUCAACGUCAGCUGAAGGAGACUAUAACUGUAGUCAUGUGCAGUAUCUGAAGGAGGCCAGUUUGCAAAGUGAGUUACAGCAGGGAAGAUGUUGGUCGGACACAGAGCUUGAGGCAGCCAACACCCUCUUGAGUUGCUUCAGCGUGAUGGAGAAGGACAAAAUCUGGGCGCUGAACUGCAAUACAUUGGCGGUAACACUUCCUGAUCCUGUGUCAUACCAGCGUCAUGAGGAUGCAUCAGUGAGCACUGGAACCCAACAAGGAUCUGAGACUUUACCUCCAUUAAUAACUAAUGAUUGUACCCAAAACAGCGUUGGCUACGUCAGCUUCAGUUGUGCCAGGGAAGAUGGAGAAAAAGGCUGGGGGGAUUUGGGGUUUGUGGAGGGAAGGGAUGCUGAUGUCCAUCUGCCAGUUGGCGAGUCGUCACCGUCCUCAGACUCUAAGGUAAAGAGCAGUUUGAGUGCCGCUGGAGGUUAUUUCAAAGUAAAGGAUUGGACGCUCUUAGAGUCUGAGGACGAUGCUGUGCAUGUACUCUUGAGCCUCGGAGAGACAGGAGCAUUGUCUUAAACUUGAGGGUCUUCUCGUCCCAGGGUGAGUUUUUAAGGGACUUUUUCACUACCUCAUUCUCAU